AUGAAGUUUCUCAACCUCCUCGCUGCCGCCGGCCUCUGCCAGGCCCACACCAUCUUUGUCUCGCUCGAAGCAGGUGGUGUCAAUAGUGGUGUUUCUCAAGGCGUGCGGACCCCCGAGUACGAUGGGCCUCAAACCGAUGUAACAUCUCAGUAUAUCGCGUGCAACGGCCCGCCGAAUCCGACACAACCAACUGACAAAGUUAUCACUGUGACAGCUGGGUCUAACGUCACCGCAAUCUGGCGCCACACAUUGACUAGCGGUCCAGAAGAUGUUAUGGAUGCUAGCCAUAAGGGUCCUACAAUCGCUUAUCUCAAGAAAGUCACAGACGCGAAGACUGAUACCGGCAUCGGAGGUGGAUGGUUCAAGAUUCAAGAGGAUGGCCUUAGCAACGGUGUUUGGGGAACUGAGCGGGUUAUCAAUAACGCAGGAAAGCACACUAUCUCCAUCCCUAAAUGCAUUCCGAACGGCCAAUAUCUCCUCAGAGCCGAGAUGAUUGCCCUGCAUAGCGCCAGCUCAUACCCGGGAGCGCAGCUGUACAUGGAAUGUGCCCAGAUCAACAUCGUCGGCGGGACUGCUGCUAAAACCCCAUCAACUGUCAGCAUCCCUGGCGCUUACAAGGCAAGUCUCUAA